CGCACUUGACGUCAGCAGCCCGCGCCAGCGGAGGCGAGGACGCCCACCAUCGUGAAGAAAGGCUUAUCAUUCGCCUCGGCUCAGGGGCGCCAUGGCAGACACCUGCCAGCCGGGCAGCGGGAAGCGCAAAGGCAAGGCGCAGUAUGUGCAGGCCAAGCGGGCUCGGCGCUGCGAUGGCGGCGGGCCCCGGCAGCUGGAGCCCGGGUUACAGGGCAUCCUCAUCACCUGCAACAUGAACGAGCGCAAGUGCGUGGAGGAGGCCUAUAGCCUGCUCAACGAGUACGGCGACGACAUGUAUGGGCCUGAGAAGUUUACAGACAAGGAUCCACAGCCCUCCGGAAGUGAGGGAGAAGAUGAUGAUGUGGAGGCUGCCCUGAAGAAAGAGGUUGGCAACAUUAAGGCAUCUACGGAGAUGAGGCUAAGAAGAUUCCAGUCAGUGGAAAGUGGAGCAAAUAACGUAGUGUUCAUCAGGACACUUGGGAUAGAACCUGAGAAAUUAGUUCAUCACAUUCUCCAGGAUAUGUACAAAACCAAGAAGAAGAAGACUCGAGUCAUUUUGCGAAUGUUACCCAUCACAGGCACAUGCAAAGCUUUCUUGGAGGAUAUGAAAAAAUAUGCAGAAACAUUCUUGGAACCCUGGUUUAAAGCUCCAAACAAAGGGACAUUUCAGAUUGUAUACAAAUCUCGAAAUAAUAGUCAUGUAAACAGAGAAGAAGUUAUAAAAGAAUUGGCAGGAAUAGUGGGCAGCCUCAAUUCGGAAAAUAAAGUAGAUCUCACCAACCCACAGUACACAGUGGUAGUAGAAAUCAUCAAAGCUGUCUGUUGCCUGAGUGUUGUGAAAGAUUACAUGUUAUUCAGAAAGUACAACCUCCAGGAGGUGGUGAAGAGUCCUAAGGACCCAUCACAACUUCACCCAAAGCAAGGAAAUGGGAAAGAAGCAAAGUUGGAAUCUAAUGACAAAUUAAAUCAGAGUGACCCAGCAGAAGGGAGAAAUAACCAACAGGGGGUACCAGACAGUAGUGAAGAGAAAACAAAACCAGUGACAGAGACUCAGGUGGUACAUGAGGGAGAAACUAAACCUGAACCUGCAAGUCAAGUCACAGAUGGAUCUGAGUCAAAUGCACCUGAUGUCUCAUAGGAGGUAACUGGGUGUUACAGUUCAUUGCUGCAAUUUUUGAAGGCAAGAUGUGAGGUAGAAGAGGACCAUGCCAGGCAUAAACCCACAACACUGCUGACUGACAAGGUUAGUGAUUGAGAGUUAGUUUUUGAGUUACUUUAAUAUACUACAGAGGACACAACGAAAUUCAGUCUUUACAAUGAAAGCUACUUCUACAGGGUUUUGUAUGGAAUCAUAACCCAAGUUGUCAUAUGCCAUCAUGCUUUGUCUGUGGCACGUAACUUAGAAAUCUAGUAACUGUCCCAUUAAUUAAAAAUCACAGCCAUUUGACAAGUAAGGAUGUUGGCUGUUUUAAUGCAUUUUGGAAUAUCAAAAGUGUAAAACUUUUGUUCAAAAACUCUUAAAGGUUUAGGAAGCAAAUUAUUUAGUAACAGUACUUAUUCCAAAGAAGAAAAUUCACAUGGGCGGUGGGACUAGUAAUACUAACUUGAAAACAUCAAGAUAAGACGCAGUACAAGAGAUGGAAGACUUUGCUCUUAGUUUUUCGGGUUGACUUACUGAAGAUUUGUCACACGAUACUAAAGGUUUUGUGUCGAUAACUAGAAAGCCACAUCUUCUCUAUGAUCCCUCAACAAAUUCAGUGAGUAUUUGCCGUGCUGUAGCAUUUGCAAGAUUUGUAAAUGAUGAAAUUUUAAAAAAUUUAAGGGCUUUUUCUUCUGCUAGGAGCCAUCCUAACAAAGGCCAGUUAUACUUCAUGGUGUAGCUCCUCUGAAAACCAAGGGUCUGUCAUCUAUCCUGGUGCCCCAUCAAUGACUGGCUUCAUGGCAACUUUUGCCUUCAUUUUAAAACAAGAAAUCCUGACACAGACAUUAUAGCACACUGCUUUUUUUUUUUUUUUUUAACAGAGACGCUGAUAUCAAAACUUGGAGAUGAAAUAAAGUUAGUUCUGAAAAUGUUAGAGAAAUGGUUAACUCCAUUAAAGACCCACUUAUGCAACAAUGUUUUAAGAAAACCCAAAACCCAAACAUACAUCUGCUCCAUUGAGAAAUCUAGUGAUUUCCCAGAGGAGGGCUUCUUGCAGGGAGUUUGAGUUGAAAGCUAAACUGCAAGAGUACUUGAAAGAAAACAGUAAGACAGUAGGCUGAGCUUGCUCAGUGCUGUGAAAAUAAGAAUGGCUAUGGAAACCAGCCGAUUUAUCAGACAUUUUCACCGUGAAUACAUAAGCAAGCUUGAGAGAAAGCUUUUUCUUAAAGUGACAAGAAUUUUAGAUCUGAAAGGAAACUGAGUCUCGAAAAGUCAUGUCAGCAGUCGCCAAGGGGACUCUUGAAAGGUUUCUGCAGCAGCUUGGGCUUGAAAAUGAAAAAUACAUUAAGCUUCAAACCCACCUGGGAAAAUUAAAUAGCAUAGCCUCUCAUUUCCCAACAUGAGUGAAUGAGGAACUGAAUGAGGAACUCCUGCAAGUCUUCUGCUCAGCAUGAGACUUUGUCUCUGAAGGAAGAGAAAGAACUCAGUCCUUUAAAAAGUUAGGCAGCAGGAUAGAUGUUAAGGCUUCUUGCACAAGUGACUGUUAAUUCAAAGGCUGGUGAACAUGGGACUGUGUUUCUGUCCUAGCUAAUGGUCCUGUUAGGUAAACCAGACUAGAAGAGUUUGGAGGAGCAGAGAGAACAGGUAACACCUUGCUAAUGCAGAUGGGGAAGGACCUUCCUUACUAUCUCCAGGUAUUUACAAUGUUAACUCUUGAAGAGGAUGCAGUCCCCUUGAAAUGCUAGUAAGAGUUACUCGUAUCAUUUGCAAGAACAGGGAAGAUAGGAUUUUGGUGCCUUCGUCAGUGGCCUUGCUCCUGCCUCUGAGACACAGAUACUUUUUAUUUUGAUAGUGCAAGACAAAAGGACUCUGGGAAUAAAAUUGGCCAUGUGCCUACACAACAUACAGCUCUGUGGAACUUGGUUCCUUUGCUUUGUGAAGCUGCUAGUAUACAGAAUGAUUUUCACGUUAUUGUUUGUUUUAAUUGCCUUUUGUAUUUAUUUGUAUUUGGUGAAACCUGAGUGUGACACAAGCUGUUCUUCCCCAGCAAUAGAACGCUGCAUUCUGUUGGAGUGUGAAUUUAUUCACUCAGAGAUUGUUCUUGGCUUUGUCAGCUGUUUCUUUUCACUGACAUCUCAGUGUAUUACUUUGUAAAUUACAAGAUUCCAGGGUAGGAAUUGAGUGCUUUUUUCUGGUUGUUGUUCAGUUUUUUAUUUUAAAAGAUGAAAAGUUAACAAAACAAAAUGUUUUGGUUUAGUAUACUUGCGUUGCUCUUUGUAGGAAACAGUGUUAAACUUGGUCUUUUAAACAUGUUUUUCCAGGGCUAACCAUGAUUUUUACUUGUAUUUUGCUUUUGGUAUGGCCAAAUAUUCAGCUUGUUUUUCAUAACUCCUGGUAUUUUUAGAAAAAUCAAAAUAAAUCUGUUCCUUAAA